CUGAGGGAAGGGGAGGGAAAGCAGCAAAGUGUUGCACCUCUGCUGGGAACUCAGAGGAGAAUAACAGUGUGGGACUUCUACGUACAACUGAGAGGGACAAGAACAGUUUGGGGGCUCCCAGAGAAGAAGACAGAAGGUGAGAAUAAGGUGAUGCCCCAGGGCAGAGACGGGAAAGACCAUUGUGGCACUGUGAAAGCUCAAGUCGAAGGCAGAGAAGGACAUAAACAAGGUGGGACCUUCAGCUGAAGGCAAAGAAGGACAUAAACAAGGUGAGACCUUCAGCUGAAGGCAAAGAAGGACAUAAACAAGGUGGGACCUUCAGCUGAAGGCAAAGAAGGACAUAAACAAGGUGAGACCUUCAGCUGAAGGCAAAGAAGGACAUAAACAAGGUGGGACCUACAGUCGAGGCAGAGAAGAACAAGGUGGGACCUACAGUCAAGGCAGAGAAGAACAAGAACAAGGUGGGACAUACAGUCGAGGCAGAGAAGGACAAGAACAAGGUGGGACCUUCAGCUGAAGGCAAAGAAGGACAUAAACAAGGGGGGACCUACAGUCAAGGAGGAGAAGGACAAGAACAAGGUGGGAACUACAGUCAAGCAGAGAAGGACAAGAACAAGGUGGUACCUUCAGCUGAAGGCAAAGUGGAACAAGAACAAGGUGGGACCUUCAGCUGAAGGCAAAGUGGGACAAGAACAAGGUGGGACCUACAGUGAAGGCAGAGAAGGACAACAACAAGGGGGGACCCCCUGGUGAAGAACAGAGACACUGUGGGGCCGCCAUGAUGAGAGACUGCUCAGGAAGCAGAGACAUCUGAGGGAACCAAAGUGACUCCCCAACCGACCAAUGGCUGAGGCUUCCCAGCCUGUAGGGGACGAGGAGGUUUGGGAGAAGCCGGUGAGCGAGUGGACAGUACAGGACGUGUGUCUGUGGCUCCAGUAUGGACCCUUACAAGAUGGCGCGGGCCUGGUACAGGCUGCCUAUACUCACAGUAUCUCAGGUCGGGCUCUGCUGAGACUGACGGACAGUUUGCUGAAGAGGAUGGGGAUUUACCAGGAGAAGCUCCGGAGACUAAUUCUUGUGGAAGUUCUAGAAUUGCGACUACAGCAAGAGCUGCACCAACUACUGCACAUCACUGAUGGAUUCGGUGACCAACGGUAGGAAAAUUCCAUUCGGGCUGGGUGAGGGGCCCCCACAACUGCUCAUUAGCCCCGUGUUGGGGAGGGGUGCCGGCGCCAUCUGGCCAACUGGAAUAGAGAAAGAGCCCAAUGUCAGGCCACCAAAAUCAGAAAAAAGUACCAUAAAAUGGCCAAUAGCAUUGAGAAAUGGACACCUGCCAUUAUUCCCUGGGGUGAAUGAUCCAUGGACCAAGUAAGGGCCACACAGACCGAGUAAGGGGCACAUGGAUCAAGUAACGGGCACAUGGACCGAGUAAGGGCCAAAUGGACCGAGUAUGGGCUACAUGGACCGAGUAAGGGCCAAAUGGACCGAGUAAGGGCCACAAGGAUCGAGUAAGGGCCCACACGUAACAGGCACAUGGAUCGAGUAACGGGCACAUGGAUCGAGUAACGGGCACAUGGAUCGAGUAACGGGCACAUGGAUCGAGUAACGGGCACAUGGAUCGAGUAACGGGCACAUGCAUCGAGUAACGGGCACAUGGAUCGAGUAACGGGCACAUGGAUCGAGUAAGGGCCACAUGGACCGAGUAAGGGCCACAUGGACCGAGUAAGGGCCACAUGGACCGAGUAAGGGCCACAUGGACCGAGUAAGGGCCACAUGGAUCGAGUAAGGGCCACAUGGACCGAGUAAGGGCCACAUGGACCGAGUAACGGGCACAUGGACCGAGUAACGGGCACAUGGACCGAGUAAGGGCCGCAUGGACCGAGUAAGGGCCGCAUGGAUCGAGUAAGGGCCGCAUGGAUCGAGUAAGGGCCGCAUGGAUCGAGUAAGGGCCGCAUGGAUCGAGUAAGGGCCGCAUGGAUCGAGUAAGGGCCGCAUGGAUCGAGUAAGGGCCGCAUGGAUCGAGUAAGGGCCGCAUGGGCCGAGUAAGGGCCGCAUGGACCGAGUAAGGGCCGCAUGGAUCGAGUAAGGGCCGCAUGGAUCGAGUAAGGGCCGCAUGGAUCGAGUAAGGGCCGCAUGGAUCGAGUAAGGGCCGCAUGGACCGAGUAAGGGCCGCAUGGAACAUUCCGCCAAUUCCAUUCAUACAGGAUAACCCUGGGGAGGGAUGGGGCGCUGUACGGGUGGCACCAUGGGACAAACUACUGAGCUGACUCGGCUACAGGGGGAAUUGACUUUCAUCUUGUGAAACAGUCUCUGUGCUGCGCUGCGGAACCUGUCGGUGCCAUAUAGUUACUGGGUGUAAUAAACUAAUGGGAUGAGUUAUUGUUA